UGAAGCAACCUUAAAAAAUCUUAAUCCCUACUAAGGUAAGGUUCCAAUCAUGGCCGAACUCGUUUACUCCGAGGUAACCGCCCCUCCUCCUCCACACCCUCUCCUCCAUCUAUAUCACUCCAUCCUCCUCCUCUAAAUGCAAAUCAUUCACUCCUUCUUCUUCUUCUUCUUCCUCCUGGAGCACCAAGCCCUCAUCUUCAAGUACCUCAAAGCAGGACUCACCGUUCCACCGGACCUCCUCGUACCUAUUCGGAGGAGCCUCCAGUUGAUGUCUCAGAAGCUCUCACAUCACUACCCAUCUCUGGGGUUUUAUGGGAAGAAGAUAGAUCCGGAGCCAGGGAGGUGCAGGAGGACCGAUGGGAAGAAAUGGAGGUGCUCCAGGGAAGCACACCCUGACUCUAAGUACUGCGACCGCCACAUGAUACGGCGUCGUUACCGUUCAAGAAAGCCUGUGGAAUCAUCAACUUCAUCUCAGCAACAAUCUCACUCUUCUGCUGCUGCUUCUGCUGCUACUGCUGCUUCUACUACUACCACUACUACUACUACUACUACUACUGCUUCUGCUGCUAGUGGUGGUGGUGGUGGUGGUGGUGCUUCUGGUUCCGGUGGAGCCUUCCACACACUCCCUUUGCACACCAAUGGUACCCGUGAAGGUUUCACCCUUGGGAGCAGCAAUAGUAGCAGCUUGCAAAACUUGCACAUGGACCACCCCUUGUCACUUCCCAGUGAGGUUAGCAAGAAGGAGUACAGGUUUGCACUGAACUCCGAUGUAGACGAGCAUAACUUCUUGCAGAAAGAUCUGGGAACUGUGAGGUAUCAAGGUUACGACUUCACCUCAGAUGGCCUGUGGUCCAUGCCUCAUAUCCCAUCAAACACUGUUUCAGAAUCAAGAACUGGUUCUACCAUGGUUGGCGACUGCUUCCAACAGCAAACGAUUCGCGAUGCUGAUCUCUUAAACCUCAAUGCUUCAGGGUCCAAGGAGCUUGUCUUUGGUAGCCAGUUGAGUCCGUCGUCGUCUGGGUCUUUGAAACAGGAAUAUCAGUCCCCUCAGUCACUCUUCACUGACUGGCACUGGAAGAAGGAUUUAGGCUCUGACGCCAUUUAUCGGCCCCACAAAGAUUUCAAUUCAGAUGCAAAUGUUGAUUGCAAUGGUUCUUUGUAAAGUUUGCAACUGAGUUUUUGGGAUCACAACACCUUUUGUCUCUCCCCCAAACCAAUGAAAUGCUAUAAUAAAUAAAUAGAAAUCCUUAUGCAGGAUGAAACUUUCAUCCAUAGCAUUCAGAUACUUAGAGGGAAUCAUCAUGUUAUUCAAAUCUUCAGAAUAUGUUGUUGUCUUAUAUAAUAGUUAAUACACUUCCAAGGAGUUCAUGCUUUCUUUAUAUGUAAAACUUGUAAUAACAUUUGUCUAUGCUUCCCUUUUUUAUAAUUUUUAAUUGUACUGGAAUUUAGUCUGGUUCAUA